CAAGAAUCUAAAACCCAUUCCUACACCAUCGGAGAAGUUGGAAGGACGCUCACAUAAUUAUCUGUCAUAGAUUUUGUAUUUUACUUCAGGACUGGCCAUGAGGAAUAAAUUGUUACUCGCUCUGAUUAUCAUCACUCUAUGUUUGAAAAAUUGCGCAAGUGCACCUCUUAAGGAAUUUGGGGGGGAACCUGAGAAUGGAAUGAGGAGAGGAAACACUCAAAUAAUGGGUGAUGUGCCUUCUAAUUCUGCAGGGAGGGCUGGAAUCCGAAAAUCUAGGCAACAAUGGCCAUUUAUGAUUUAUGGAGGAUGCGUUCCUCCUGGCUAUGCGGGAAACAACAAUCGCUACUAUCGUCCGGGACAAGAAACGCAAGCACAAUGUGAAAGCGUGGGAGGACGAUGGGGUGGAAUUUUUCAAGGUCACAGUGUUUGUCAUUAUCCAAUUGGUUUCUAGGCAGCAAAAAGAGAAAGUAAUAACAGGCUCAUCUAUUUAAAUAUGAAUUUACUCUUUCGCAAAAAUUACUGUUCAUCCAGUAUUAUCAGUCGCAGAAAAUUCUGAAAGGUUACCCGGCGGGUAAAACAAAUUUUUGUGAACAUAAAUUUGUACACCAUCUUCUUCUUUUUAUUUUACAAGAGUUUUACUAUUAUUGCUAAUGACGAAAUUACUUAAAUAAUAUAUGGCCAAAUAACUUCUCAUAAAAAUAUCGGACUUUUACGGCUAAUAAUAAUGGACGAACGGUAGGCUAUUGAGAAAAGUUUUCCAAGUUUUUCUGACAAUUGCUUAGAUUUUUCACACUACAGGGUACAUACGAGAAAUUAAGGCUUUUAAUCUGCUAAUCUUAUCCUUUUUACAAUAUGUUGGAGAAUCAUUAGAUAAGGAGAUUUGAUGUUACAAAACUUGUGAGAUUUUAAUCAUUGUAUACUCGAAAAUGUUUGUUUGUAAUUGCGAUUUUUCAGAAGUGAACAAAAUAUAUAGCAAAUUGUGGAUUUUGACUA